AUGAACCUCCAAAAGCUCAAUUUCUUUAGAGGACCAAAGCUGAAACCUUCAUGCACUUUAUUACCAAGGAAAACAUUUGUAAGAGCGGUUUUUGACUCCAACGAUGCCUUCACCAACUUAAAGCCUGGGAGGGUCACCUCGGACCCUGCAUCAGUCAACCACAAAGCCAACUCUACAGCAAUAUACAUCUUGUGGGACUAUAGUUCCUCUGCAGCGUGGACAAAUAGCUUAGGGUUGUCUAAGACAUACCAGCAACUGGUUGCACAACAGAACUGUUUGGCGGGCCUUUGGAUCAUCGGUGUGGUCAAAAUCCGAAGGACAUUAGCUCCAGCAGAAAGUGUCGUAGGUUUCAGCAAGGCCUCGUCCUUGUUAGUAGCAGGUUGUAGUAUGUGCCACUGA